AUGAAGCUGCCGCCACAUCGACCGGGUGUGGAUCAUGAAGUCAACCUGCAGCCUGACAAGAACGGCAACGAGCCACCCCUUCCAGGAUUCAUCCGAGCGAGUAGCUCAGCGGCUGCCGCGCCGGUGCUGUUCCGCGACCGAUACCCACUGCCCCUCAUCGCGGAGACCCUGCAGAAUCUGGCCAAGGCUAAGUGGUUCACCAAGUUGGACGUGGUGGCCGCUUUCCAUAAGAUCCGCAUGGCUCCGGGACAUGAGGAAAGACUGCAUUUCGCACGAGACCCAGCGAAGUGCGAGUUUUCGGUACAAGAGGUCAAAUACCUUGGGUUCAUCGUCAACGCAGGAAAGGAAUCGCCUGCGACCCCGAAAGCAGCGCGCCAUCCGCGAAUGGGAGGCCCGACCACGGUGAAGGGUGUCAGAAGCUUUCUGGGCUUCGCCAACUAUUACCGGAUCUUCAUCCCCGACUAUGCCAAGAUCACGCAGUCUCUGGAUGCCCUGCUUAAGAAAGGAACUGCCUUUCAUUGGGGACGAGCGGAGAACGAGGCGUUUCAGGAGCUGAAGCGACGAUUUUGCGAGUCACCGGUGCUCAAGCAGUGGGACCCGAGCCUCCCGACCUUUUUGGAGACGGAUUGCUCAGGCUACGCAUUGGGAGGCGUCCUGUCGCAGGAAGGCCCAGAUGGACGUCGACACGCAUGCGCCUUCUUCUCGAAGCGACUUUCGCCAGCGGAGUACAACUAUCCCAUUCACGACAAGGAGAUGCUUGCCAUCAUGAGAUGUCUCGACAACUGGAACGCCGAACUUAGGAGCUGCGGCCCAUUUACAAUCCUUACCGAUCACCGCAACCUGGAGUAUUUCGCGACACGCCAGAAGCUCACGGAACGGCAGAGCCGUUGGGCAGCCGAAUUGUCCCAGUUCGACUUCAAGCUCGAGUAUCGACCGGGAAGCGAGGCUGUCGUGCCUGAUGCGUUGUCCCGCCGUGAACAAGACAAGCCACAGGGCAUUGACGACGAGCGGGAACAAGGAAGAAUGAUACAGUUGAUACCGGAUAGUGCCAUUCCAUCAUCGACAAGAGCAUGUAUCAACGCGAUGAGUUCUGACUGUUCAGAGGCAUCCACCCUGCCGAAGAUGAAGGUCUUCGAGGUAGCGGACCUGCAGCAACUCUGGGACGAAACGGUGGCGAAGGACUCGAUAUUCCGGGCAGCCUAUAAGGCAGUCCGCGAUCGCGAGCGUGCCUUCCCGCCCUCGCUGGGCCUGAAGAUCCAGAUUUCAGAAUGUGCGAUCGACGCAGGCAAAGGCUGA